AUGUUACACUGUGUUUCUUGUCUUAUUCUCGGUUUCUUUUUACCAACGCUUGUUGCGGGUUUCUUUAUACCAACGUUUGGUGCGUAUGACAAUUGCAUUGAACAACGUCGUUUCGAAAAAAUAAUAAUAUUCGGUGAUUCAUACUCGGAUCAAGAAAAUGGUUAUAAGUUAACCAAUAAAACAUGGCCUCUGUCACCUCCAUAUUAUCAUGGACGAUAUUGUAACUAUCGUAAUUGGGUUGAUCAGCUAGAAGUACGUGAAAUAAAAAAUUAUGCCUAUCCAGGUGCAACAACUGACAAUAGACAAGUACAAGGCUACACAAAGUUUAAUACUAUUCCUGUUCCUGGAGUUAACCAACAGAUCGAUAAAUAUUUCAAUGAAUACAGCUCAAAUAUCAUUAGUUCUGAAAAGACUCUUCAUAUCAUCUGGGUUGGUGGCAACAACAUACUUUUCAAUCCACUAUUACCAAUACUUGAUAUUGCAAGCAAUCUAACAAACUUAGUGACAAAGUUAUGUGAAAAAAAUGCCAAACAUGUUCUAGUAUUUAAUGUACAACCAGCUCAGUAUAUUCCUGCGCUUUCAACAUAUGCAAAUGCUACUACAUUAACUGAAUUGUCAGCAGCAUUCAACUUUCUUGUAGCUUCCUAUCUACAUGCAAUUCAACAAGUGUGUCCACAAACAUCAAUCAAUAUGUUUGAUAUUAAUUCACUUUUCACGAAAGUUAUUACAGAAGGUCAUGAUUACUUUAAAGAUACAACCAAUAGUUGUUGGACUGAUGUGAAUCCGACUACAAUCAUCAAAAAUUGUAAGGAUCCUAAUAAAAAUGUGUUUCUUGACAAUAUACACGUUACUUAUCCUGUUCAUCAAUUAAUUGCUGAUGUCAUUCAAAAGUUUUUGUGCCCUUCAUAUCAAGUGAACACUGCUAGUUGCUAUAUUCACAAUGUUUAA